AUGAUCAGGAUGAAGCUGAGAGAGUCGGGGCGUCAGAUACGCUUCCGGUCGGAGGUGGCGAAGCCCUCCAACUUCCGGGAGCUCCUGAACAGCGGGUGCAGGAUGCUGCACUACACUGGCCACGGGAGCAACGAGUUCCUCGCCUUCGAGUCCAACGACGACCGGAUGUGCGGGAUCAUGGAGCCUCUGCACGUGGGGCCUCUGAAGAACCUGUUUCAGGCUGGGGGGGUCCGGACGGAGCUGGUGUUUAUCAGCUCGUGUUCCUCGGAGGCUAGCGGUAACGCAUUCGUGGACGCAGGCGUGCCGCACGUGGUGGCCGUGAAGCGGGAGGAGAGCGUGACCGAUCAAGCGGCGCAGCAGUUCGCGAAGCAGUUUUACGACGCCCUUUUGAGCGAGGCCGGGAGGUUUACCGUGAAGCAGGCGUUCGACAUCGCCCUCAACACGGUCAACGCCCACCCCCCGCACGCGCGCCCACAGGGAGACCACUUCCUCCUGCUCCCGCACGGCGGAAACCACGACGUUCGAAUUUUCGACACGCUCCCAGAGGGCCGUUUCGUCGACGAGACCCGUGAACCGCCCGCGCGCCCGCGCUGCGCACGGCCGGUGCCGUUCUACCAGGGCCUCGAGGAGCUUCAGAUCGGGCUUGCCAUUGGCAUGACCCAGCCUGGGCCUAACUCGGAGGAGGAGCUGGUACGGUUCCUGUUCGAUCGCCCGACGGUGCAGGAGGGACGGACUUGCCAGAAGGUCCUCCUGGUGCUGGAGGACGUGGACUCGCUGUUCGAGGCCGGGGGUGACGCGCGCGACCGUGUCUUGAAGCUCCUCAGCAACCUGUGCUCCAAGGGCGAGCACCUCAAGCUGCUCGUGACGAGCGAGCAGAGGUUGCAGCGUGACACGAACGAGAGAUUUCGCCACGGGUCGGAAAGGGUGGCCAAGGUGAAGCCUCUGAAGGACCGCGAUGCGGCGCAACUCCUUAUUAACAAGGUCCCGACACGCUUCACCAAGAAGGAGCUUAGGCUCUCGCUCUCGCACCGCUGCACGCGCGAAGACAUCCUUAAGGCGUUGGAGGCGCACCCGGUUUUGAAGGCUGCGGAGGGGCAUCCGGGAACGCUGUUGAGGCUUGCACCCCUUCUAGAAGACCACAACGUGAACGACGCGUGCGUGCUGCACAGGGCGAAUCAACACCGCCUCGAGUACAAACAGGAGACGCACACGCUGAGGAGGAACCGCGCGGGCUCUAACACCUCCCUGGCGAGCAGCGCGGGGGCCGCCGGCACCGGCAUGGGGGGGGGGGGCGUGGCCUUGCCGAGCGGGGCGAGCGACAUGAGCCUGGGCAACAGCAUGGGAGGGGGGAGGCCUAUGACGCCGACGCAGCCCCACCUCCUGGGGCACGCGAUGAGCCACGACACCCACUUCCAGCAGCAGCAGCACAACGGCAACGGCAACGGUAACGGCGUGUCGCCUUUCUUCCAAGACCUCUCGUCCUGGGCGGGGGGCGGCGAGAUGCACCACCCCCUUCUGAACGGGGCUGGCAUGGCGGGGGGCUCCAGCAUCCACAGCUCCGGGAUCGGGGGCAGCGGCCACGGCAUCCACUCCGCCGCCGCACCCGCCGCCGCCCGCGCGAGCAGCCACCCCCACCACCACCAAAGGCGACACUCUUCCCACCCGCAGUCCCCCACGCACCCGCGGCAGCACCACCCCCAGCGGCGCAUGACCGUGAUGAACCAGCUCAUGGCUCAGGUGGAGCUGGAGGAGCCGGACCCGCCACAGAUGACUCCGGAGGAAAAGCGGGCGUGGGAUACCGCGCGGACGGCCGGGCUGAUGGACCGGGGCUGCCGCCUCGUCUGGGUAAAGGCAACCACGAACGCCUUGCUGAACGGGUGGACAUACGACGGCGGCGGCGGCAGUGACAACGGAGGGUUCGGGUGGCCGGCCGAAGGGGCGGGGGCGGGGGGGGUGACCAACUACGACUGCGUGCCGUGGGACUACCUGAGAAGGGGGCUGAUGCAGCACCUCUGCGGCAAGCUGACGAUCCCCAGCAGCCACGACGAGGUGGUGGACGAGGGCCCUUACGGCUGGCGGGGAGACGCAAGCAGCGUCGGGGUAGGGGUAGGGAACGGGUACGGGGCGGUCAACACGCCGCAGGUGCGCUGGAUGAAUGAGGAGGAGCUGGCGUUUGUGCGCGGCGUCCUCAAGGCCAAGCAGGAGAAGGUCCGCUUGAAGCAGGAAAAGCUCCGCCAGCAGCGGGCUAGCCGGGGCUACGCCGGGACCGAGCUGGUGUCCAUCGGGAGCAGCGGCGCGGCGGACGCGGCCUCUGGCAGGGGCGGCGGCGGCGGCGGCAACGGCAACGGGGACGUGGACGUGAUCUCGCUGGACGCAUUCGUGGAGUUCUCGCUGUGGUGGGCGCCGCUGAUGCCGACGCUUUCCCUCCUGAGGAACGACUGGGCGUCGACGAACCCGACCAGGGUGCACGGGUUCAUCAGCAGGAUCGCGGCGGAGCGGCAGCUGCUGGAGAGGGAGCGCGGGACCUUCCUGCUGAGGUUCAGCGAGUCCCAGCCCGGAGAGCUGGUGGUCAGCUUCACGGAGCACGUGACGCAGGCAGCGCCCCGGGCUUCAUCGAUGCUGACCUCCGCCCCCCGCUCCCGACCGCGGUCACAGUCCAUGUGCGUCAAGCACUGCCUGGUGGAGGUCAGGAGGGGCGGCUGGUGCUACAUCGAGGUGGAGCAGGGGUCCAAGGUGCCCUACCCCUCGCUGCACGACCUCGUCCUCGCGUGCUCCAGCAUGCAGGUGCUCUACCCGGACGUGCGGAAGGAGGACGCGUUCGACGAGCCGUCAGGCGGGGGGCCGUGGGGCGGCGGCGGCGGCGGCGGGGGGGACGCCGCGUUGAGCGACACGAUGUCGCUGUACCCCCAGCCCCCCGACGUGGCGAGGCUGAGCGGGCCCGUGGGCGUGGUGACGCUGGAGGAGUGGGGCUCAAGGCCCAUCGACAUGGUGCUGGUGGAUGACGAUCUGGAUGCGGACCUGACUCUCGCGGGGGCCGUAUAGGGUGGACUGCUGUUGAUGUUUGUGUCUGCAGCGGUGUCUUACUACGCCCGUGUCUAAGCACGCGCGAGAUUGUCACCCUGUGGUACUCCACAUAGCCAGCAUAAUAGUAGUGUUGUAUGAUCGAUCGUGCACGGGAGGGAGUAAGUACCCCCAUGGACUUUCGCCCGCACGCGCGAUCUCUCUGGUCAAAAAGCGAAAACAAUGCUUGAUUCCUUUUUUUUUUUUCUUGUCUUGUUUGUUUCGUGUCAUGACCGGCUCGGUGUUUGUUUGUCCGGCUGUCACGCCUCGCUGCGUGUGUGUAUUGUACAGUCAAUGUCAAUGUAUUUCGUGCCUUCUUGUGAGGGUCUGCGUGCUGGUGGCGGUGUGGCACACAGCACGCGCGGCCUCCUCUUGUCAAAAAAAUUGUUGGGCACGCACGGGGCAUUGUCCAGCGAAAUAGUGUGGCGUCUGCGCCGUUGCGCGUAUAUGGCGCGCUUGUUGGUAGUUUUUUUCGGCCCUGAACUCUUGUGCUCUCUGGGAUUAGAGCAGCGCCGUUGGGGGGUCAUCGCGAAGUGAGCCAGCUGUGUACACUGAACACCGUGCGCCACAUCGUAGCUUGUGUUUGGGGGGAGCGUAGGUCAAUCAAGGCCGCGCUGCUGGUCCUGCUGUGCAGGCUGUGGCUUUUGGCGCGUCGUAGAAUAUAUAUGUAAUAUAAUAGCGUUACUCGUUUGACCUAGGGAAAGGAAGGUGUAGGCAUGUCGUGUGUUUUGAUACUUCUUGGUGUACCUUAUUCAUAUACACCCUUGCGGUAUGCUUCCCCCCUCCUCCCCCCCCUGGAACCUCUCGUUGUUCUCGGUAUAUUCAUUUUCUGAUGGCGAUAUUUUAUGCGUAUGGUUUUGUUGUCUGCUCGCUUUUGGGGGGGGGGGGGGGGG